GUAUGCUGUCCAACAGGUUUUUACAAGUGGUGUUUCUCUGGGAAGACAGCACACCCCUCUGUAGCCUGAGCGUUUCAACACAAAACGCAGCAUAAAGAAGUUUAGUUUGGAAGUAGCCUGAUAUUUGGACCUCCAUGUUUUUGAAACUCUAAAAGAACAAAUUCCGUUUUUCUCCCGGAAAGCUUUGACGGACGGGGCAGACAGCCAAGUAACGAGGAAACCGGGUUGAACAGGCUCUUCCUUGUCAUUUUUCCUGUGUAGUGUUUUUGCUCCGAUGGCAGCCUUGUCAGUCGGGUGGGUUCCUGCGCUGUUCCUGCUACAGCUGGCCCACUGCUCUGUCAUCUACAGGCAUGCUCCAGGAGAUCCAAUGUUGGUGGACGAGCAGUCAGCGAACUCCUUCCUGUCCCGCUCGCUGCUCUUUAACAGCUGGGACUUUGAGAUUGUGGUGUCCGACAAUCUUGAGAGGGAGUGCAUGGAGGAGUUGUGCAGCCAUGAGGAGGCCAGGGAGGUGUUCGAGGACGACGUCUUGACGGAUGCAUUUUGGACCGACUAUAUCAGUAACAAUCAAGUAAACAGAGUGGAUGUGUCAGGGCUGGUGGCAGGCCUCAUGGCUCUCCUAGUGACCGCUGUCAUUGCCAUCGUGCUGGGAAUCUACUGCUACAAAGCCAAGAACAAAGGUGGACAGAGAGCUCCGGUGAGGAUGGUAGAUGGGCGUCCAGCCCAAGAGAUGGUGCCUCUGUCUGGGAUCAUUGCCCCAGGUCUGCCCAGCUACAAUGACGCUCUGAACCACAGUGGUCAACACGAUGCCCCACCACCACCUUAUUCAGGGGGUGCGCCAUCGGAGCCCGCUGCUCCCGAAGACAACGAAUGAGAGGCUCUGGCAGAGCCUCUUCCUUAUGGUUGAUGGUGGUUUGAGUGAACUUUUGAAUAUUGCACGUUUUGUUUUUUUGAUAUACUGUAUUUAUAAGUGAAGAACGACACAAUCCCAGAAUGGACACUAUACUGACUGGUAUGAUCUGCAUAUUGGCUGGCCAGUAGUCUGUCCACUCACUACACAUGUGUGAUGCUUUAAAGUGGGUACAGCUGAGGGUGUGGUUCAUUUUUGUGGUUGUGUACUGUACACCAAACUGUGUUGUGUUUGUAAGUAAGGUACUUUUGAGCAGAGCAACAAUUCAGAGAAUCUUCAACAACAUGUUUUAUAUAAUAAAUUACAUAACAAAUAC